AUGAUAGGAAACAUAGUGAAAGAAGGAGUUGUGUAAUUUUUAUUCAGAUAUCGCCGCAGUAAGAUUCUCAAGAAUUGAAAGCCAAGGUAUUUUGUGUUGACUAAAGACAAGUUUUUCUAUUUCAUAAAGUACAAGGUAAAGAGUAGCUAGAAUGAAAAACCUAUCUCUCCCAGUCAAAGAUAUGAAUGUUAUUUUUGUAAGAUAGAUAAUAAUAAAGAGCAGCAUUUAUAUAUGCAGCAGGCAUCAACAUAAUAAUUUUUUCAACUAAUUAUAUUUUCAAUGCAUAAAAGCACGCUCUUGAACGAGAUUAAGAGAAUUGAAGACAUAGAUAAAUAUACUCCAGAAUGGCCAGGCACCCAAAAAGGGAAAAUAUACAUGUUCAAACUUUUCCAUAAAGAACAUGCUAAACGAAAUCUCACCCUUGGCCUUCUUUCCAAAGAAGCUGCAGAAGAGUGGGCAAAAUGCUUUAUGCAAAAGCCAGCUACUUCUCCUACAGAAGAUAUUCCUGAUGACCAGUCUGUAAAAUCUCUCGGUCAGGCUCGGCAAUCACAAAUAUUCUUCACCAACAAAAGAGUGGCUCGCGAGUUUCCCAAAGAGCUCGAAAUUGGGCUAAAAAAACUAAAAGAAACUAAAAGAUUAGAUCAGAUAAAAACACGAGGGUGUUUAUCCUAAAGCGCUGUGUAUUUCAAAGGCGAACACUGCGGAGCGGGCCCCUCAAGGUAGCUUAAGACAGACAAAAAAGCCCCAGUUUCUUGGUAAAGGCAUUUUCCUUCCUGAUCUGGUCCAAGCCAGAUUUUCCAGGAAUCUCUAUUUCCAAACCAAAUGCCAAAUUUACCUAACCCCUAAUAUUUUAUGUCAGAUUAUCCCAUUAAUAGAACCUUUUAGACUCGGGAGAAUAGCCCUGAGAUCUCCAUCUAGCCUUUCUUCCCUUUUUCUCCAGAUUAUCUCCUAGGAAAACUCGCAGGUCACAAAAUAAACUUAGGCAGUUAAGUAGCCCUGGCUCUAUCGGGCACCUGCUCUGAGCCUGGGCGCUGCUGGCAAAAAAUAUCCGAUCUAGGCAAGCUACUAAUGAGCAGAAAUAGUGCUGAUCCUCUCUCUUCGAGGCUAGCCCAACUCUCGGGCAGCUUCUUGCACCAAAGCCACAUCCAGAAAUACAUAAUACCACCCGCCACAAGGAGUACGUAUCGCUCGUUACCAGUUAUUUUAUGUGUAUUUACAGAAACUAAUGACUGGAAAUUAGUUGGCGAUAUGGAAUGAAAAUCAAAAAGCUGGUAUAAAACCACAAUGAUAGUCCCUUCUCCUUCCAAACUUCUAGCAGAAGCUUUACAAGAAAAGCGCGCUGAAUGGGAUUGGCUGCUUUCUUCUUUCAGAAUCAUUUCUUCUCCUGAAAAUUCCAAGCUGUUUUUAGGCAAAAUCAAGUCACAACAGUUUGUUCUCUUAUCAUACAUCCAUACAGAGCAGCCUUUUAGUAUCUAUAUCCUGCAAGAAACAGUCUCCCAUGACCGUUAUCCCUCAAAACUAAAUUUUGCGGAAUAUUUUUUAAUAAGUCAGCAUCCUUAUCAGUCAAACCUCUCCCAAUUAACAAGAGUUACAAAUAUCCCUGAUUUUAAAGACUCCUUAAAAGGCAUUAUUAAUUAUGUUGAAUUUCAGCAAUUUUUUGCAUCUGCUGCUGAUUUUCAUUUAGAAGACCAAUUAAGCCCUGAAACAAAAAAUGAAAAUGAAAUCCAAAGCCUAAAACCAAGCGAGCCUAUGAGUUUUUCUGAAUUUUUUAUAUAGUAAUUGCCCGAGGAUGGUGCAAGAUAGCGCCAUCCUCGGGCAAUUCAAAAAUGGCCCCACACCGGGAAUUGAACCCACUUGUGGGGCCAUUUUUGGUAUGUGGAGAACAUCGACUUCCACGCACCAAAAAUGGCCCCACAAGUGGGUUCAAUUCCCGGUGUGGGGCCAUUUUUUAAAUUGCCCGAGGAUGGCGCAAGAUAGCGCCAUCCUCGGGCAAUUACAAUAUAUGGGGAAGGGGGAAGAUAUGAAAGAGAUGAGAUUAAUGGAGCCUUGAUAUUUAAAGAUAAAGAGCUGAUUACAAAACAAAGGCAAGUUUUAAGCCAUAUGUUGAGAAGUAUGGGGAAAAAUCUAUUAAGCGGGAAAAGUAUUAUGACAGUGUCACUUCCUGUUUAUAUUUUUGAUAAAAGAUCUAUAUUGCAGACAAUGUGUGCGUAUUAUGGGUAUGCACCUAUAUUUUUAGAAAAAGCAGCAAAAGCGACAGGACUGGAACGAUUUAAACAGUUUGUCACUUGGGGAGUAUCUUGGCUCCAUUUACCGACUGAACAAUUGAAGCCUUUUAACCCGAUUUUGGGAGAAACUUUUCAAGGGUUUUUAGGGAAAACGCCUGUUUUUGCUGGCUCACCCCAAUCCUUGAUCGAACGACUCGCCAUCGUUCGAUCAAGGAUGGGGAUUAAAAAAUAUUUUUUUGGGAAAAAAAAAUUAUAUAUAAAAUAAAAAAUAUAUAUAUAUAUUUUUUUUUUAUUUACUUUUAAAUAAGAAGGUUAGAGUAUUUAAUAAUUAUUUUAACAGCAAAAAAUUGAAUUAAUUUCAUAAAAUACCAAUUUUUAAUAUUUUAAUUUAGUAGUUACCCUUUUAAACCGUAUAAAUUUUAAUUUGUUCCUUAUUGAAUUAAAAUUUUUUUUUUUAAAUUUUAAAGAAUCUCUCUUUUAUUAGAUUAGUGAGUUUUUAAGCCUAGGUUGAUGACUAAAUCACUUCGGAUGGUUGAUUCCGCAGUUUUCUGUCGUCUCAAAGCUCUGAAAACAACUUCAUUAGGUGCAUCUUCCUAAGCUUUUGAUAACUAAUAUAUUUUUUAUAUAUAUAAAAAUUUGCAUUAUAUGAAAAUCGUUCGAUCAAGGAUGGGAGUUAAUUUCCCAAUUUUUAGGAUUUUUUACAGUCAAUUGUUCGAUCAAGGAUGGGGGGGAGUGAGCAAACUUUCCAUCAUCCUCCGAUUUCUCAUUUUCAAGUAAUAGGCGAAAACUAUACUCUUCAAGGCUAUAAUGAGUUCAAUGCCUCCACUUCAGCAAAUUCAAUGAAAGCGAGGCAGAGAGGCUUAACUCAGGUUACAAUUGGUGAUAAAUCAUAUUAUUCCAUUUAUAAUUAAUGUGCAUAAGAGUAAUAUUGCAAAUAAGUUUUAGAUAUUUAUUACAAUAAGUAUAUCUAAGCUACCCGCAAUGUCUUAUUACAGGAACCAUCAUGGGCAAACGAUAUUUCAACUGGCAAGGCGUUAUGAGCUUUAUGGCUCCUGACGAAGGCUACUUUUGUGAAGUCCUACUAAACCCUGACAAAAAAGGUGGCCUCUCAGGCAUGUUCAGCAAAUCCCAUACCCCUCAAGACUGUUUCCGAGGCUACAUUCAAAAAGUCACUGCCAAUCAUGUAAUGAUGACUGAACAAGGACGAAAAUCCAUCGUCGAGGACGGUAAAAAGCCAGUGAUGUCUAACCCUGACGACAUUGAACAAGAGCUUUCCUCAAUCGAAGGAUAUUGGACUUUAUAUUUAGACAUUGACGGUGUGAGAUAUUGGUCAUUUAAUGACUAUAGACCAUUCAUAUUGACACCUGCUCCAUCAAUUCUUCCAUCAGAUUCCUCACAUAGGCUAGACAUAAAAGCAAUGAUCAAAGAAAACGUAGAAGAAGCUCAAAUUCAAAAAGACAUCCUUGAGAACAUCCAGCGUCGAGAUCGCAAGCUAAGAGCUGAUUAUUCGAAGAAUUCUAAGUCACAUCAUUAA